AUGAUUGACCCUGAGUUCUUCCCGUCUCUGACAGCUACAGCUCCCGCCACGACCUCCUCCGUCGGACCUAUCCCGACCGUGCUCCCAGGCUCCGAGGUCUUCCAGGGGCUCCAUGACGUCGGCAAACGGACCCUGUGGGUCGUUGCGGUGUUGAUGGGGAUUUCCUCGCUUGUCUUCUAUUCUCUGGCUGCGCGGGCCCCACUGCCAAAACGGAUCAUCCACGUCCUCACCUCGCUCAUCACAACGAUCUCCUUCAUUACGUACCUGGCUCUUGCAACUGGUCAAGGAAUUACCACUAAGCAUGUGCGGAUUCACGAAUCCCACAAGCAUGUCCCCGACACCCACACCGACUAUACUCGUCAAUUGCUGUGGCUUCGAUACCUCAACUGGGCAUUGACCACCCCUUUGCUGUUCGUCAACUUUGCCCUCAUCUCGGGUCUCCCCGGUGCGAAUCUGCUCAUUGCCAUCGUCGCCAACCUGACCAUGUUGGCCACUGGCCUACUCGGCUCAUUCGCCGGCCAUGGCCAAGAGCGCUGGGCCUGGCUGACACUUUCGUGCAUCUCAUACUUGGUGGUUGUGCACCAUGCCGGAUUCCACGCCCAUCGUGCUGUCAACAACAAGGACGCUCAAACUAGGAAGUUCUUCAGUGCCGUUGCUAGCUCCGCGAUUGUUGCGUUGGCCCUUUUCCCUAUUUCGAUCGCCGCCGGUGCGCUGGCUCUCAAGUUGACCGUUGACACCGAGACCAUCCUCUUUGCCGUGCAGGAUAUCUUCACCCAGGGUAUCUUGGGAUACUUCCUCCUCUUGGCCCAUGAUAGCUCUGCCGGAAUUUCUCUCUAUCUUGAUGGAUUCUGGUCACACGGAGUCGGAAAUGAAGGCACCAUUCGCAUUGCUGACGAGGAGGGUGCGUAA